CGCUUGAUUCUCCUGUAUGAUUGACUUGUGGAUUCUGGUUAUUGUAAAUUUUGCUGCUUUUGUAUGGGUGGGAAGAGUUCAUUAGCACUGUCUUUGCUUGUUACAUUAGCCUUUUGGAGUUACUGUGUUGAAAGGGUACUGCCUUCCACAGUCACGUAUGAUCAUAAUGCAGUACUGGUUAUUGAUGGUAAGCGGCGGGUUUUGCUAUCUGGUUCCAUCCAUAAUCCUAGAAGCACCCCAGCGGUGUGGCCAGAACUUAUUCAGAAAUCCACGGAAGGGGGUUUGGAUGUGAUAGAGACUUAUGUUUUCUGGAACUACCAUGAACCAGUCAGAAGACAGUACUACUUUGAAGGCAGGUUUGACCUGGUGAAGUCUGUGAAGACAGUGCAGGAGGCUGGCCUUUUUGUUCAUCUAAGGAUUGGACCAUAUGCAAGUGCUGAAUGGAAUGGAACUAUGGGUCUGCUCUGUUCAUUUCAGCACUUUAGUAGUGAUAUUCAAAUUCAAUUGUUGUUUCUCAAAAGAGCAAGAAAUGAGGCGUUUUAUUGCCAAAAUUGUGGGGCUGAUGAAGGAAGAGAGUCUCCCUGCAUCGCAAGGAGGGCCAAUUACACUUGCACAGAUUAUUUUACUUAUAUAGUUGAGAAUGAAUAUGGCAAUGUGGAAUGGGCAUACGGGAUUGGUGGACAAUUGUAUGUCAAAUUGGCUGCGGCAACUGCUAUCGGUCUUAACACAACAGUUCCUUGGGUAAUGUGCAGCCAGCUAGAUGCACCUGAUCCAAUUAUAAAUACAUGCAAUGGAUUUUAUUGUGAUGUAUUUGAACCAAUUUCCCCAUCAAAACCGAAAAUGUGGACUGAGAGCUACACUGGAUGGUUUCUAUCUUUUGGCUAUCCAAUACCUCAUCGACCUGUUGAGGACCUUGCUUUUGCUGUUGCACGAUUUUGAAACUGGUGGUACAUUUCAAAAUUACCAUAUGGUGAGAAGUAAUGAUCUCUGUUGCCUCUGCUCUGGUUCUAAUAGGUAAACAUGUAAACUUAUCUAUCAUUCUGUAAACUGUAUGAACAUAUCCCAUUGCCAUAUUGCUUCUGCAGUAUUUUGGUGGAACCAGCUUUGGACGAACAGCUGGAGGACGUCUAAUUGCAACAAGCUAUGAUUAUGAUGCCCCAAUAGAUGAAUAUGGUAUUA